AUGGCUUCUUCGUCUUCGGAUUUGGAGGGCCUUCAUGCCUUCAUUACUGGUGCUGCGGGGGUAGUGGGCAGCCACAUAAUCCAGGAAUUUCUAGAUUUGGGCUGUUAUGUCACUUCGCAUGAUUCAAAGCCUUAUGAGCUGCCACCUCACAAAUAUACAGACCACCUCAACUCUUUCUAUGGCGAGACCACCGAGCGCGGGUUGAAUCGUUCGAUGCAAGAGGCCAUGAACAAGUUCGGACCGAUAAACAUUCUUGUUCUCAAUGCUGGCUCUACUGAGGAAUCUCACAAGCACCCGAUUUGGAAUCUACCAUUAGAUACGUGGGAGGAAACGUAUCACAAGGACUCUCGCAGGAUUUUUGUGACCGUCAAGCAGUUUCUUCGAUCAGCAAAGUCUUCUCAGGAUGCUCAGAGUGGAAGAGAAAUCAAAAACCUCGCUAUUGUGGUCGUGGGUAGUAGCGAGCCUGAGGGACAUGCCGUUCAUGACGGAGUUCCCUAUGACCUGAUUCAAAGGCUGAAAAAGGAGAUUACUCAAUUGAACCGCAAAGCUCGUAUCAAUGCCGUCAUUCCUGGUGGGUUAAUUGAGGCCAGAACACAGUCUGAAAAACACCCCAAACCUUCACAGAACACCAGUCUUCAACUGAAAGCUUUGGUGCGGGCAACGACUUUCUUAGCUUCGCACCGCGAAGCUGGCCAAUUGUCAGGCGAAUGCCUCGGUGUUGAUAAUGAAAAUGAAGGCAGACUUGUAUGGCGAGGAAACGAGACAAUCAGUCUCAGCCAGAACCUAACGAGCCAGGCGCUGACCAUUCGCACGGUCCCUCGGUCCUUAUCUUCAUCAGCAGGAAACAAGAUCCGUGUGGCUGUGACAAUAGAUCUCGAUGCUGUGUCUGGAUGGUUAGGCACAGGAUACUCUACCGAAAAUGUGCUUGCGGAUUAUUCAGCCGGCUUCUUCGCAGCACAAGUUGGAGUGCCGCGAUUAGUCGAAAUGCUCAAGCGAACGGGCAUAGCCAACAAGGUAACUUGGUUCAUUCCUGGUCACUCGGCAGAAAGCUUUCCAGAGGAAGUUCGACAAGUCGUGGAUACUGGCUGCGAGAUUGGUUUGCAUGGAUACGCCCAUGAGGGUGCCUACUCGCUUACUGUACAGCAAGAGCGUGACGUACUCGAGAGGUGUAUCGACAUUAUGACGAAGCUCACUGGUAAAAGGCCGGUAGGCUAUCGAGCUCCACUGUACCAGGUUCGAGAGACCACACUGGACCUCCUGGAGGAGUACGGAUUCGAAUAUGAUUCCUCUUUGACCGAUCACGACUGUCAGCCCUUUUUCGCUCCUCGUCGACCCCCCCUUCAGCCAAUUGACUACCGCAAACCUGCUUCAAGCUGGAUGCAUCCUAUUCCGGAUUCUGCUUCGGAUAUCGACUCAUCAUCGAGCCGUCGAGAGAUUGUCGAAAUACCGUGCAACUAUUAUAUGGAAGAUAUGACUCCAAUGCAGUUCCUGCCUCACGUCCACAACUCACAUGGAUAUGUUGAUGUGCGCUCAAUUGAGCAGAUGUGGAAGGAUCGGUUCUUGUGGGUACGAGAACAUGAGAGUAACCCGAUCUUUACAAUUAUCAUGCACCCGGAUACGUCUGGUAUGGCUCAUGUUAUCGGCAUGGUUGAGAGAAUGAUCCGGUGGCUGCAGAGCUGGGGUGAUGAGGUGGAGUUUAUGCAAGCGGGGGAAAUGGCGAGGUGGUGGAUUGCAGCAAACGAAGGAGAUUGGUAG